CCCGCAGCGGGGCAGCAGCAGCCAUAGGGCCAUCGCAGCGCCCAGCGAUGCCCCGCGGCCCCGCGCUGUCAGCCCCGAGGAUGGGCGACGGGCCACAGCAUGGAGCCCUCCCUGCCCGCCCCGUGGGGCUGGAACGGCUCUAGGGCGGCGCGGGGGCUCCAGCCCUCGCCGGGCCCCAUGCCCCCCAACGGCACGGCCGACGGCAAGCCCAAGGACGUGGCCUCCAAGUCGGUGGGGCUCUUCUUCAUGCUGCUCAUCGACCUGGCGGCCAUCGUGGGCAACGCGGCCGUCAUGACCGUCAUCGUGAAGACGCCGGCGCUGCGCAAGUUCGUCUUCGUCUUCCACCUGUGCCUGGUGGAUUUCCUGGCCGCCCUCACCCUGAUGCCGCUGGAGAUGCUCUCGGGCUCGGCCGUGUUCGACAGCCCGGUGCUGGGCGAGGCCAUGUGCCGCGUCUACCUGUUCCUCAGCGUCUGCUUCAUCAGCAUGUGCAUCCUCUCCAUCUCCACCAUCAACGUGGAGCGCUACUACUACGUGGUGCACCCCAUGCGCUACGAGGUGCGGAUGACGGUGGGGCUGGUGGCCUGCGUGCUGGUGGGCGUCUGGCUCAAGGCCGUGGCCACCUCGCUCGUCCCCGUGCUGGGCUGGCUGUCCCCCGACCGCCCGCCGCCCGCCGGCCGCGGCUGCUCCCUGCAAUGGAGCCGCGGUCCGUACUGCAAGUUCUUCGUGGUCUUCUUCGCCACGUUCUACUUCCUCCUGCCCCUCCUCAUCAUCGUGGUGGUGUACUGCAGCAUGUUCAAGGUGGCCCGGGUGGCCGCCAUGCACCACGGCCCGCUGCCCACCUGGAUGGAGACCCCGCGCCGGCGCUCCGAGUCGCUCAGCAGCCGCUCCACCAUGGUGACCAGCUCGGGGGCCCCCCGCACCACCCCGCAGAGGACGUUCGGCGGGGGCAAGGCGGCCGCCAUCCUGCUGGCCGUGGGCGGUCAGUUCCUUUUCUGCUGGUUGCCCUACUUCUCCUUCCACCUCUACACGGCCCUCAGCGCCCAACCCUUGGCGGGGCCGGCGGCCGAGACCGUGGUCACCUGGCUGGGCUACUUCUGCUUUACCUCCAACCCCUUCUUCUACGGGUGCCUCAACCGGCAGAUCCGCGGCGAGCUGGGCCGGCUCCUCACCUGCUUCUUCAAGCAGCCGCCCGAGGAGGACCUGCGCCUGCCCAGCCGCGAGGGCUCCAUCGAGGAGAACUUCCUGCAGUUCCUGCAGGGCACCGGCUGCCCCGCCGAGCCCCCGCCGCCGCUCGACAUCCCCAGCCCCAAGCGGGACCCGGCGCCCGUCGAUUUCCGCAUCCCGGGACAGAUCGGAGAAGACGCGGCCGAGGGGCCGGAGCGGUGCGGCGGGGACGGGCUCUACGUCCCGGCGGCCGUCACGCCCAAAGCGGAGCUGUAGCGUCGUCACCGGGGUCGUGGUCGUCGCCGGGGUCGCGGCUCCGGGUGCAAACACGGCUGCAAGGGCAGAGCUGGUGUGC